UGGGCCCUCUGGCGGGGAUUUAAACAGUAGGCGAACGGAAAUACUUACCGAUAAGUGUUGAGUGACUUAGAGAAAUGUUCAAGUUUUUGAGGAGGCAUCCUCCUAAAGAAAGCGAGGGACGUGAAAGUCAGAAAAAGGAGUUAUUUGGUUUUCGCAGGCUGAUUGAACAUGGAUUUCCUAGCAAGCCAUCAGCUCUUGCCUUUGACCCCAAGUUGAAGCUCCUGGCUAUUGGAACAAAGUCUGGUGCUUUAAGAGUGUUUGGUGCACCAGGUGCAGAGUGGACAGGACAACACAAAGAAGAUGUACAGGUGGCACAGCUUUUCUUCUUACCAGAACAGGGUCGUCUUAUUUCGCUGUGUUCGGACAAUAGCCUCCACCUUUGGGAGAUCAACAACAGCAGAGAUGGCAAGAGCUCCUCCCUGGAUGAAGUUAAGCAGUUCUCCAUUGAGAAUAACAAAAUGAAGACAGUAUCAGCAUGUUGUCUAACAACAAACCAUGAACAGCUGUUGCUGGGUACCGAGGGAGGUAACAUUCUUAUCCUUGAUGUUAAAGCCUUCACUCUUAUGGACCAAAUUAUUUACCAAGAUGUUGUCAUGCAAAAUGUACCAGAUGAUUUCAAAGUGAACCCAGGGGCAGUGGAGUCUGUUGCUGUGCACUCAAAAGAUCCAGACAAGGUAUAUAUUUAA